AUGAGUAUUGCAAGUUAUAGUAAAUGUCGUAUUCAAUUCAUUCCAAAGGAACGAGGACGUCCUGAUGUUAAUUAUUCAGAUAGAUCAUUUAUUGAAUUGAGACAAAAUGAUUUUGCUGAUUAUUUAUUACGAGCUAUUGACGUAGAUAAUAAUAGAACAGAAAUCUUUAAUAUUCGAUUUCAACGAUCAAAUCAAUAUAAACGUGGAGCAACAGCUAAUCAACCGGAUGGUAUUAAAGAUGAUGAUGGACUUUAUUUGUUAUGGUUGAAUGAUGCUACACGUGAUCAAUUUCAUAAAGCAUUAGAUAUAUCUAUCGAACAAUUAGACUCAAUUCCCAAAGAAGAAUCUAAGCCUCCAUCUCCUCCGCCUGCCGCUACACGAAGAGAAAAUCGACGAUAUGAUGAUACACCACCACAGCAACCAGCACAUCACGAUCAAAAUGACAUUUUGGUUGAUGUUUAUCAAUUGGGUCAACAUAUAAGACAAGGUUAUGUCAACGAAGCUGUUGCUCUUAGUAAGAAAUUAGCUACUCGACAUAUUCCACUUCAAGCAAACCCAUGGACAUCAUCGAAAGAAGAACAGACUAUUCAAAUUCGAAUCAAAAUUGAUAGUAAUGAUCCAAGUCUUAGUCUCAAAUAUGAUGAAUUUACUAUGGCUGUUUAUCCAUCAACAACAAUUCAUGAAUUGCGUACUGCUUUAGAAUAUUCAAAUUAUAAUUUACCAAGAAAUCAAUAUUUUUUUGUUAAUGGUCAUUUAGCUGAUGAAAAUUUUACUAUGAAAGAUUUAAAUGUUCAAUCUAAUUCACUUUUUAUAUUAUUUAUAAUUCAAUAA